GCCGUGCUUGAUGACUGUGUUUUCCUUGAUCUCUGCGCAAUGGCGGAGGUCAGAAUACGGUUCGGGAGAAGUGCUUACAAGUGUUUAAAACCCUCUUAUCAAGCGAUAUGGGAUAAAGAGAGCAAGGCGAUCCUAAAGGGGAGUUAUGUUGCAGCAUUAAUAAAUUCACCGCGGUUCUGUGCAACUGAAAACGAUCGCGUUGAAGUCGAUCAUGGAGCGGACAAAAUAUGCCGGGUAUGUCUUCAUACUCCCAAAUUGAAAUCAUCUGAGACGAGUUCAAGAGUAUUUACAUACUUAAAGGUUGGUGAUGGAUAUCCCGGCACCUUGGACUUCCUUACCGAGAAUACUUCUGGAAAUAUACGCACUGACUAUGUUGGGUUGGAGGCAAAAGCAGAUUGUUUAACUCCUGUAGAGGGAUCUUCAUGUUUGGAGACGCAUGUAAAACUUCCCAUAUAUAGCAAUGCUGGCAACCAUCAGUUUAAACGCCAGUUAAGGAGAUCCAUCUAUACAGGAACACUAUACGGACGUUCACAUCCUCGUAUAGGACAGUUUACCUCGUUCGCAAGGGCAUAUGGUAAAAAACACAAUAAUGGCAAUCCAGUGCCGUUAUAUAAAUCAAAGUCAGCCUACUACGACAUCCUUGAGGUGUCUCCAACAGCAACGCACGCGCAAAUCAAGACCGCAUACUACAAACAGUCCUUCAAAUAUCACCCAGACAAGAACGCAGGGAGCGAAGAGGCAACCUUUCACUUCGCCCAAAUCAGCGAGGCCUACAGCGUACUCGGUAACAAAGCUUUAAAAAGGAAAUACGAUCAUGGGAUCCUGAGUCAAGAGGACCUGCUAAGAUCCGGCAGACCCACAGGAAAAGAUAGCACAGCGUCACCAUCAGGUCAGCAGACCCGAUCCCGGCAAUCCCCAUCAGUUGGUGGCGACCAGCAGAACAUCUUUGACUUUGAUACCUUCAUCCGAGCGCACUAUGGAGAGCAGCUGCAGAGAGAAAGGGAGCUACGCCAGCUCAAGGAGAAGAUCCGUCAGAAACAAAAUAAGCAGUUUGAGGAUGUGAAACUGGGCAGAAUGAAAGAGGUGGCUGUAGGGAUGCUCUUGGUUAUGGCAGUGUCAAUCGUAUUGAGUCUGAGUUCUAACGACUGAGAUCUAUGGACACUUGGAAAGAUUUUGUUUUAAACCAAUGUGCCAAAACACAAAUGUAUGGAUCUGUCAUAUCAUCAUUAGGAUCUUUUUAAAUGAUUAAAUAAUUGUAACUCGUUUCUGCCCAAAGUCAUAGCUACUACACUAGAACAUGCUUGGUUGGGUAAAAUACGAACAAUCCCAACCGCUGAUUUAAAAUAAGGCUGUAGGUUGAAACAGCCACAUUACACAUUUAAGAUUAAUGGUUUUGGUAUAAAAUGAUACCAAAUUAAUCUUUAAUGAGUUGGGAAGGAUCUGAAUGGUUUGGUUAAUACGUUGGCCUAGUAACUGGUUAAAAAUGUAUUUGGGUGCUCUACCUCAGUUGUUAAAUGGCUAGUGAGCACUUGCACAAGGGAUUUAUUGUAUGCUGUCAGAAAAAAGUUACAAAAGUUGUCGUUGGGGCAGUACCUUUUCAUAAAAAGUACACAUUUGUACCUAAAAGGUGCAUGUUGGCCCCUAAAGGUACAUAUCUGUACUUUUAAGUAAUUUUUUGAAGGGUAUUGUUAACAGCGUUUGUACCAUUUUAUCCAAUGAUGGCUGGGUUAUUUUUGACCCAUUUUGGGUAAAUAUUGGACAAAACGCAUAUUGGGUUAAAAAUGACCCAAUAUUGGGUUGUUGUUAUGCAACCAUGGGUUAUAAUAGCCCAGCAGUUGGGUUAAAACAACCCAGCAUUGUGUCAAUAUUUUCAAAAAAUUGUUAAAAAAAUAACCCAGCCAUUUUAGAGUGUGUAGGUAAAAGUAUUUUCCAGAUCUAGUAACUAAUUGGCCGGUCACAUCUGAGCUUUUCAUUUAGGGUUUAGUAAAACAGACCCAUGUUCUUUGGCUGUCUAUUAUCUGAACAGGUUUAGUUUAAUUACUUAAAUUGAUUGAAAGGUGAUUUUAUUAUUAUAAUAUGGAAAGUAAUGGUUGGCUAAUGGUUCAGCAUCUAGGCUGCUAAAUCAAAAGUUGUGGGUUUAUUCCCAAAUUGGGAGGUACCUGGAAAUAGAGAUUUGAUGAAAACAAGUAUUGUGCCUUUUGAUUAUUGGAUGUAAAGAAUAUAAAAAUGUCAACUGUUUUAUUUUAAAUUAUAUUAAAAUGUUACCUCUCACGUUCACAGAUGUAUAUUUAUUUAAUUUAAUAUUUUGUUGCAUUUAAGUUGUGUUUGAUGCUUAUUGACACCUUAUAAAUCCACAUAGCCUGUUCAUACUUGCGUGAUUCUCGCGAAAUUAGACUUAUGAGGUGUCAUGAAACAUUUAGAUAAAUAAGUAAAUGCUAUCAAAUUAAGAAGCAUACAGUUACAAACAUCUCUUCAUGUACUAUUUUGCACAUGAUUUCAAAUGACAUCAUACAAACCAAUUUUGUUGUUUUUUCCACAUUUAAGCGGAAAUGUUCAUUACCGCA